AUGCCUGACGGGCCUAUCACAUAUUCGAAUUCGCUAGCGUCGCGCGCCACUGCUUUUGCCCUCCUCGGCCUAGUCGAGGGGCCCUUCGCUCUCUCUUCUCUUUUCCUUUCCCUCCUCCUCCCCUUCCGUAAUAAGCCUCCGCCAACCCACUGUUCAUCAAAAACAGCUUAUUUCGUCUUCGACAAACCUAAUUCUCCUCGGUUCGUCCAGUCACUCGCUAAAGUCUUUGAGACUCUUUACAUUCGUUGGAACCACCAUACAACCGUCGUUCUCGAUAACCAAUACAACCCCGUAAUAAUCGACUUGACCGUCAAAAAAACUUUCCACACACUCAAAAUGAAGUUCUUCUACCCUCUCGCUCUGGCCCUCGCUGCCGUUGUUGCCGCCGCCGAUGAUGACUGCGACGCCGCUCCCAUCGUCGAGGCCUGCCUGACCAGCGAGAACGCAAAGGUCAAGGACUGCAACGCCACCGACUACGACUGCCUUUGCGCCGCCUACCAGGCCGUUGCCACCUGCUACAACAACUGCCCCAAGGACUCCCGCGCCGCGCCCGCCCAGGGCCAGGUGACAAUCUACUGCCAGCAGGCCUCCCUCUACGGCUCCGCCGCCAUGCGCAAGACCCAGUCCGUCGUCUCGGCCACCGGCUCCGCCUCCGCUGCCGUCGCUUCCAACUCGGCCUCCGCUACCGCCGCCGCCACCGGCACCAGCGCCUCUGGCAGCUCUGCCUCUGCCACCGCCUCGGCCAGCUCCAGCUCCAGCUCCGCCAACAUUGGCGUCGGCCAGCUCGCCCGCAACACUGGCGGUGUUCUCCUCGCCGUUGCCGGUGUUGUUGCCGCUGUCCUCUAA